UUGUGGCUGUGGCAACUGGCAACAUUAGUCUGAUGAUUGAUGUUUCACGUACGGAUGUAGAGAAAGUAAUUUGUGAUUUUUCCAAGUUUAUCUCGUUUAAACGUGAAAUGAUUAUUUCCGUGUCGUAAGAAAUGCUCUUAUUGCUGUUUAGAGUCAAUUGCGAACAUAAAAUAAAAAGUGUAACGUCAAAAUGUUGGGAGACCGCUAUGACUGAUCGUUUUUAUCGUGGCUGUUUAUAGUGUUUUUAUGAGUGUAUUUAAAAGUCAAUGGGAAGGAUGCCGAGGGGAGAACACAGGCCUAGCACCCUGUUGUCGCGGGACGAGAACGAACAGGUGUUCAGCCUCAUCGGACCUAAGUGCCAGAGCUUAGCGACUGCCGUCGUCCAACUGUUCACGACAGAAGGUCCCGCGCAUUCAGAAUGGAAGAAAAAGGACACAGGUGUACUGUGCCUCAUCAAGGACAACGGCAGGCGGUCCUAUUUCUUCCGUAUUUAUUGCCUGUACCGCAAGGCUAUGAUAUGGGAACACGAAGUCUACCUCCAGAUAGAAUAUAAAAGCCCCAGACCUUAUCUACACACGUUUGAAGCUGAGGACUAUAUGACCGCGUUCAAUUUCGCCAACGAAGAUGAGGCGAAAAUACUUAGAGACACCCUUAUCGAGAAGAUCGAAUUGCGGAAACAGAGACGGCAAGAACGACGGCAGAAGUCAAUGAUGGCGGCUCGCAUGAACAGUACGACGUCGCAGCGAUCGGUUCGGCACAACGGCGUCGCUCCGCCCAUGCCAGUCCCACUGCAAACUACCCAUCAAGCUCCCCUGCCCACACAACAGCCUGUUAAAACACCUUCCUUUUCAGGCGGAAAUUAUACAUUGAAGAGCAAAAAACCUAAAGGUCGGAAACUAACGAAAGCCGACAUCGGCUCACCGAAAGACUUCCAGCACAUAUCCCACGUCGGCUGGGAUGCUAACAAAGGUUUCGAUGUGGACUUACCCGAAGAGGAGAUGCGAUCUUUCUUCUCGAAAGCGGGCAUAUCAGAGACGCAGCUGCAGGACCACGACACCAUGGAGUUUGUGUACGACUUCAUCAACUCGCACGGUGGUAUCAACGCUGUCAAGGACGACCUGCACGACGCACCUCGACAGAAAAAUUCAAUUCGUUCCCCUGCGCCGCAGUCUGCGCCCCCCGCGCCCCCUGCACCCCCCGCGCCUCCAGUGCCGUCGCGCGCCCCCUCGCGCACGCACUCGCAGCCGCACCCGCCCGCACCGCCGUCACGAGCGCCCCCACCGCCCCCCGCGCGCGCCGUGCCCCCGCCACCGCCCCCCUCGCUCACCGCGCCCAGGAACCCCCCGCCGCGACCCCCGCAACCGCUGCCGAGCUCUGUUGCGUUGCCGCCGGCGGUACCGCCCCCGCCCCCGCCGGGCGUGCCGCCGCCCCCACCGCCGGCUCCACCCGCACCCCCCCUGCCGCCACCCCCGCCUCCACCCGCCCUGUCCCCCGCCGCACCCACACCCUCCCCCGCCUCCCCCGCCGCGCCAGACCCCCGCGCCGCCCUCAUGGAGAGCAUACGUAGCGGUAGCAAACAGCUCAGGCAUGUGGAGGUCGGCUCCAAGACGUCGUUGAACGAAGACAACAGAAGCAAUCUGCUCAGCGAGAUCAGACGCGGCAUCGAUUUGAAAUCGGUGUCCCGUUCUACAAGCAGCUCGGGCGAGAGGGCGAAGCCCGAGGCGCAAGUGCGUUCGUGCGGCCUGGCCGAAGCCCUAGCGCGGGCGCUGGACGAACGCAACCGCGCCAUACACUCCUCCGACUCGGACAACACCGACGCCGACAGCGACGGUGAAUGGGACUAGUGACGUCAUUACACUGACGCUGUGACGUCACAUAUCCCCACACUACAGAACAUCAGGCGACAAUACUGCGUUAAGACACUUCCAACGCCGACAGUUAUGACGGCAUUAGAUUUCGACAUGUUUCUUAUUCCGACAACAUUCGCCGACAAUAUUGUGUCGGCCGAAAGAUUUACAAGUCAUAUUUGUCGCAUCGAAACGAGACAACCAUAAACAAGUGAACUGAAAAAAUAUAUUUAUAAAGGUGCGUAUACACUACAAUAAUUCUUUACUUUGCUUUCAUAAAGAUGCAAGUCACACGGAUAUAAAUUAUAUCACCUUUACUUCGCCUCACUUGUUUGUAUGCUACAAGCAUGCUGUGACGUCAUCAUACUAAAGUCUUAUCGUAUUCUUCCAUGGUCUAGUAUUGAUGUUUCAAUUCAUAGAUAUACUAAUGAAUAGACCAUUCAGACAAUAUAUCUAUUGUAUUUGAUAAUACCCUUGCGUGAUAUAUAGGCAUAAUAAUUAUAAUAAGAUCCCGAAGUGUCGUAUAUAAUUGUGUUCCCUGAGUCGCUCAAU